AUGUCUGCAUUAUUUACAAAACGACUUUCCAAAGAAUUAGUUGAUCUUAAAAUUAACCCACCGUCAGGAAUUGAAGUAACGGAAGCAGACACAUUCAAAAGCUGGAAGUUAACCCUUGAUGGUGUGGAUGGAACGUUAUACGCUGGUGAACGUUUCACUUUGGAAUUUCGGUUUAGUCCAAACUAUCCCAUGGAGUCUCCUGAAGUCGUUUUCAUAGGUGAUAUACCAAUACACCCACACAUUUACAGCAAUGGUCAUAUAUGCUUAAACGUCUUAUAUAAUCAAUGGAGCCCAGUUUUGAGCGUUCGCUCUGUUUGUCUUUCGAUACAAUCAAUGUUAUCGAGUUGUACGUGUAAAGAACCUCCUCCGGAUAACAGUCAUUAUGUGAAGACCGCCAAAGCGUCUCCUAAACAAACUCAAUGGGCUUUCCAUGACGAUUCUGUUUAA